GCACUUCCUCUUCUCUUACGCGGCCUGAGAAUAUCUCUGAAAAUGGUCCGCUACUCACUCGAUCCAGAGAACCCGACUAAGUCAUGCAAGUCGAGGGGCUCCAACCUUCGUGUUCAUUUCAAGAACACCCGUGAGACUGCUCAGGCCAUCAAAGGCAUGCACAUCCGCAAGGCUAACAAGUACAUGAGGGACGUCGUAGUCAAGCACCAGUGCGUUCCUUUCCGUCGUUACAAUGGUGGCGUUGGCCGUUGUGCUCAAGCCAAGCAGCACGGCUGGACCCAGGGGCGCUGGCCCAAGAAAAGCGCAGAGUUCCUGCUCCACAUGCUGAAGAAUGCAGAAAGUAAUGCUGAGCUCAAGGGUUUGGAUGUGGACUCUCUUGUGAUUGAACACAUCCAGGUGAACAAGGCCCCGAAGAUGCGCAGGCGCACUUACCGUGCUCACGGACGCAUCAACCCCUACAUGAGCUCCCCAUGCCACAUUGAAAUGAUCCUCACUGAGAAGGAACAGAUUGUUCCCAAACCAGAGGAGGAAGCAGCUCAGAAGAAAAAGAUUUCCCAGAAGAAACUCAAAAAGCAGAAGCUUAUGGCUCGGGAGUAAAUGUAAAUAAAGUCCAACGUUCGUACUACAGAA